UGAAUGAAGAUAUAAUAUUAGUUGGAAAGGUCGUUGGCUCAGAUGUCCAGUCCUUACAUCGGCAGUUAUCUCAAUGUUAUCCAUGAUCUAUCCUCUCAUCUCUAUAGCCCUACUCUUAUUGAAUCAACACACAGAAGGAUUCCUUCGUCCCUCCCCCUUCUCCACCCUAUCCACUCAAACUUUUUUUCAUAGUCACCUGUAUGGGUUCUAUGGAGGAGGAGAGAUUGCUCUUGGAAGAUGGGCUCAUAGAGAAUGGUAGCAGAGGACCAUACACAGGAGAUGGAUCUGUUGACAUUAAUGGGAAGCCUGUGUUGAAGCAGAACACUGGGAACUGGAGAGCAUGCCCCUUCAUUCUGGGUACUGAAGGCUGUGAGCGUUUGGCAUACUGUGGAAUUGCAGCAAAUCUUGUUACUUAUCUCACAAGCAAACUACAUGAAGGAAAUGUCUCUGCUGCAAGAAAUGUUACCACUUGGUCUGGCACUUGCUCUCUUGCACCUCUCAUAGGGGCUGUUUUAGCUGAUUCAUAUUGGGGAAGAUAUUGGACAAUUGCCGUUUUCUCCAUUAUCUACUUCAUUGGAAUGGGUACUUUGACCCUGUCAGCUUCAGUUCCUGCCUUCAGACCUCUUCCCUGCAGUGGUUCUGUUUGCCCAGAUGCUACUCCAGCUCAAUAUGCUAUAUUCUUUUUCAGUCUAUAUCUGAUUGCCCUUGGGACUGGUGGAAUCAAACCUUGCGUCUCAUCCUUUGGGGCAGAUCAAUUUGAUGAUACUGAUCCGAGAGAGAGAGUGAAGAAAGGGUCUUUCUUUAAUUGGUUUUACUUGUCUAUCAAUAUUGGGGCUCUUAUAUCAAGUAGUCUUCUCGUUUGGAUUCAAGACAAUGCCGGUUGGGGACUAGGUUUUGGUAUUCCUACUCUGUUUAUGGGCCUUGCGGUUAUAAUUUUCUUUUCAGGCACACCCUUAUAUAGAUUUCAGAAACCAGGAGGAAGCCCUCUUACAAGAAUGUGCCAGGUUGUGGUUGCAUCUAUCAGGAAGUGGAACUUGGAGGUCCCUCAAGAUAGUUUUCUGCUUUAUGAACUACGAGACGAAACCUCAGCGAUCGAAGGGAGCCGGAAAUUGGAGCAUAGUGAUGAACUCAAGUGCCUUGACAGAGCUGCUGUGGUGUCAGAUCUAGAUGUUAUACAGGGGGAUUUCUCCAAUCCGUGGAGGCUCUGCACUGUAACACAGGUGGAAGAACUGAAGAUUCUGAUACGCAUGUUUCCUAUUUGGGCUACUGGAAUAGUUUUUUUUGCUAUUUUUGCUCAGAUGUUCACCAUGUUUGUGGAGCAAGGGAUGGUCAUGGACACGACUGUCGGUUCCUUCACCAUUCCUCCAGCAUCAUUGUUAACAUUUGACAUAAUCAGUGUUAUUGUGUGGGUACCGGUGUAUGACAGACUCCUUGUUCCGCUUGCGAGAAAGUUCACAGAUAAGGAAAGAGGAUUCUCAGAGUUGCAAAGGAUGGGCAUCGGCCUCUUCAUAUCAAUUCUAUCAAUGGCUGCUGCUGCAAUUGUAGAGAUCAAGAGGUUAGAAAUUGCAAAAUCACAUGACUUGAUGGAGCAUAAUGUGGCAGUACCUAUGAGUAUUUUGUGGCAGAUACCUCAGUAUUUUUUAGUGGGUGCUGCUGAAAUAUUUACCUGCAUUGGACAGCUUGAGUUCUAUUAUGAACAAUCUCCCGAUGCCAUGCGCAGUUUAUGUAGUGCUUUGUCACUUCUAGCAACUGCAUUAGGGAAUUACCUUAGCUCCUUUAUUCUGACCAUUGUGACAACCAUAACAACUAAAGGUGGAAACCCUGGGUGGAUACCCAAUAACUUGAAUGAGGGCCAUCUUGAUUACUACUUUUGGCUCCUUGCUGGUCUCAGCUUCUUGAACCUGGUGGUUUAUGUCUUCUGCGCCAGAAGGUACAAAUGCAAGAAGGCAUCUUAGGAUAUCCUCCAUACAGGUUGUGUUACUAUUACAGAACAAGCCAAACACACUUACUGUACAUAUUGUUAUGCAAUUUCAAAUUUAAUAUCCAGGUAGAAUC